AUGGGCCGCCCUAUUUUCCGCUACUAUCUCCUAUUAUAUAAUUCCAUCCAAUCGCUUGGAUGGUUCUAUAUCCUAUACGCUACUCUAGGUAGUCCUUUGCUUACGGUCAGCCCUGAGGCUGUGAAGGCGCUGUAUCUUUUCCAGGGUUUGGCAAUUCUGGAGGUAGUCAACGUUGUGGCUGGCAUCGUGAGAUCCACUUUAAUAACCACCAUAGUUCAGGUACCCUUAUUUGGUGCUGAAUAUGAAGAAAAGAAGUCCUUUGUUUUUGACGUGGUUACGUUAUUCGUCAUUUCUGGUUCUCUAUCCCUUGGGAGUGUACGNNNNCUUAACAUUGCUGUCUCUGCAAAUUCAGUGUUUGUGUUCACUUGCAGACCAAGGAGUGUUACACUAUAG